GCACGCUUCAGUCGCUAGAGAGCGCUUUUCCUGUUAAGUACGCGUCUUUGCGCAACUCCGGAAUAUCGCGCACGGUAUCGUCUGUGCACGACGUCACGUAACUGCGCAAUCGUAAUCGUAUCCGUACACGUUCUUUCCAGAGCCAGCCCCCCCGGGUGGGCCACGCGCGCGUGUGCCUUGACAGUCGCGUUUGUUUGGCGGGAAACGGCGAAGGCGUGCAAUUCUCCGUGCUUAUUUACGCGGUGUCAAAGGCGACACACUCGGUGAGUGACUCCCCCACUGCGAAUCGGCAUAUUGCUUGCGGGCCGUGUGCAAUAGCGCUUUUUCUAUGGAAUUCCUUCGCUCCGAGACCACGGACUGCGUUAUCGCGUCUCGGCGUCUGUGCGUGGCAGGGUCUCGUCGUGCGUGAGUGCAAGACGUCAAAGAAAAGCGAAAGAGAGAGAGAGAGAGAGAGAGAGAGAGAGAGAGAGAUCGACCGCGUCACGAACAAUCGCCACACGGUGGACCACGAAAUUCGCGCGGGAUACGUCGCAACACGCUCUCUCGCCGUCGCUCGGAUACUCACGCGCAAGUGCGGCCGCGCGACGUUGCCGGAUCGCGUUUCGGAGGCUACGCCGAAAGGAAUCGUCUCUCGAGGAGAGCGAAUCUUCGCGGGUAUCGAUAGUGUUUGUAUCGUGUACUUUUGACUGUCGUUUGCGCGCGGAGGAGCUGCUCCACGGCGGCCUUGCGUUGGAAUCGCGCGCGCGAGGUGGAGUUUAGUUUGUUUUCGCCGCCGCGCUAUCUCUGUCUGGCACGUAGUAACCGUGGUGCCCCCUCUUUCCCCUGUGUGUUGCCAAGCGCGGCUGCUGUUCGCCGUGCACGCGUCGUCUUAUGAGCCACGCUUUCCUGGAGGACAGGGAUCGAACCGAGUAUCAUCGUCGUCAUCGUCGUCGUCGUCGUCGUCGUCGGUCAUCAUUGAGGAUCGAUCACGCCGAGUACGCGGAACCGAAGCGGUGCUCUGGUCAACGUUCGGCGGCGGCAGCGCGGCCAUUAUUCGAAAUUCGGUGGGUCGCGCCACGGAUCGCGGCGUUGCCAGCGUUCCCGUUCUCCGCGGUGCGUAGCCGCGAUUAUUUCAACGUCCCCACGACGACGGCGGAGGCGGCGGCGGGGACGCGGUUCCUGGAAGGAGUCAUCGUCAUCCCUGCGUCAUCACGGCCAACGCUAGAAGAAGCGCGAGCUCUUAUCUCGUAGCGCGUGUCACAACGUUCUUCAUCGCGGAGUGCAGUGGAAAAGAGAGUGAGAAAGCAAGGACGGAGAAAGAAUAGACUAGGCAACGUGCGCUCGCGUUGUUAUCUCCCGAUCCCGAUUGCCAAUUUUUCGCGCUCAGGCUUUUGUGCUACUCGUUUCCGCGUGUAGCGCCGCGAGCGUAGUGGAGCGCGGCGGCGAUAGAGCGCGACGAAAUAUGAGCGCACGAGUGCUGAACCCGGCGAUGAUGACGGAAAUAAGCAGGAACCUGAGCACGCUCGCCGAGCGCGAAUUGCGGGCUCAGUCGCAGCUCGAUGCCAAUCGAUGGGGAUUCAACUUCCAAGUGGGUGCACCUCUUAAAUCGAGCUCGCGUUACGAGUGGGAACCGAUCACGGAGCACGACGUCGUGCCCGAGCCCUACGCCCUGCGCGGCAUGCCCUACCUGAGAAAACACGCGCCUGGUACCCCGCGCAAAUUGCGCUUCGACGACGACUCGACCACCGGCUCGACGUCAGCAUCCUCGAUGCCACCGACAACGACGGUAUCGACUGCGGCGACGUCGUUGACGGCGAUCAUGACCACGGUGACGAGCACGAGAGUCAUGGAGCAAAUGGAGACCGUCGUCGCGCCGACGGCCGAGAGGACACCGCCGCAGGAGCCCCGAGUGCCUGAGAUCGGCGAGGCUACGACGCCCAGUCAACUCUUCAAUCCGGAUACCAAGAGGAAGAGGUGCGCGAUAGAGCCGACCACUCCUGUACUACCUUCUGCCGCGAGGAAACAGUCCACUAUCACUGACUAUAUGAAGAGUCGUAAACGCAGCCUGAACGGCACCACAAAGAGCAUGAUAGAGCCGCCGGAGAAGAUCCCUCGCAACGCGGGUCAAAUACGCAGCUAAAAAUCCUUCAGCUUUCUUAUUCGAAUGUCGCCUUUUUCCACCUCGUUUGUACACAACGGGAAACAGUACCGGAAGUGAGAAACUGCAUUACCGUGUGGAAUAACGAGGAAGGAAGAGGGUAGGGACUUUGACAGGAGGCGCGAGGUCCGCGUUGGCUGUGCCAUUCAUAGUUUUAUCCGCCAUGAGCGCAGACGAAAUGAAUGAAUAAAAAGAAAAAAAAAGAAAAAACAAGAAACGGGAAGUAACGCCGUUCUCCAUCACGUAUAUCUUCGUCUGUCAUAUCGCUUUGUAAUACCGCGAGGAUUAUGAGAAUAGUAACAGCAAUUAAGAAAGGACGUGAGACGAGGGAAAGGAUAAGAUAGAGAGUCAAAAACGAAGGUUGCUUGAUGGGGAAAGAGAGAGGAAAAGAGAAUGACUCUCGUCGCUAUUUUUUAUAAUAUGUAUCACAUCAUUUUCUGUAUUAGAAUAUAGAAUAAGUAAUAUUAAGGAGAAUAUAAAAAUUAGAUUGUAGAUAAAGAGUAAUAUGAUUUGUGUCCAAAUUAAUUAAUGUAAUAUAUUCAUUGUUUGUUUCUGAAACGUUCAUAGAAAAAUGUUUAAACGAUGUCGUUACACAAACACGUUAUGAAGAGAGAGAGAGAGAGAGAGAGAGAGAGAGAGAGAGAGAGAGAGA